AUGUCAGCGUCUCUGAAGAGCGCCAGCGUAUCAAUGGAUAAAGUGAAGGGCUUCAUCACCAAGCACGCGAAGAAUGCAAGCAUGUCCAGUAGCUCGAAAGAAGCGAAAGCGGAGGCCAAACUGCCCGUAUCACCGACAGUGUCCAUACCGCCUGUCCCGGACGAGCCUUUUCCCAACGAGAGCGACUUCUACCGAUAUAGGAAGCAACGCGGCGUGAAUCUGGGUAGUUGGUUCGUACUCGAGCGAUGGAUCGCGGAUGCACCGUACCGCAACGCGGCCUCUCCCGCUCAAAGCGAUCACGAUGUCGCACGCGGUCCUGAUGCGCGACAGAUACUGGAGCAGCACUGGGAUAACUGGAUCGUGGAGGAUGACUGGAGAUGGCUAGCGGAACACGGCUUCAAUUCGGUCAGAAUACCUAUAGCAUACUACCACUUGUACGCUGUAGAGCCUUGGGUUGUCGAUGGAACGGACUUCGCUGAACUCGGUCCCGUAUUCGCCGGAGCUUGGGCGCGUAUCACCCAAGCGAUAGCGACCGCGCAUCGCUACGGUAUUGGUGUACUCUUAGACCUGCAUUGCGCUCCUGGCAAGCAGAACGCAGACGCCCACUCCGGCGUCUCUGGUUCUCGCGUGGCCUUCUUCGAGAAGAUCAAUCUCGUCAAAACGACCCGCAUAUUGAUCGCGAUGGUCAAGCAUCUCCUCGUCUUCACGCGCACACAUAACCCACCUCUACCGAACCUAAUUGGACUCGAACUGGUCAACGAAGCCAACCCUCCGCGUCCGGAUCACACAUUCCUCCACGAUUGGUAUCGACGAACGAUCAAGGAGCUUCGCGCUCUCGAUGGUGGUGGACUACCGUUCUACAUCGGAGAUGCCUGGCGUACGAUGGAUUACGCCGGUCUGCUCGUGUCAGCGGGACCUCAAGGCUCCGGUUUCCUCGCGCUUGAUCACCAUCUUUACCGAUGCUUCACGCAUGCCGAUCAUAGCAUGAGCGCCGCUCAGCAUGCCGCAGUACUCCGAGGGCGUGAAGGGACACCAGCCUCAUUCCGUCAAGCCAAUGAACAUCUCGUGCACACGGGUGGCGGACUCGUAGUGGGGGAGUGGUCCGCGGCCCUGAACCCGGCCAGCUUGCACAAGUCGCAAGACCAUACCGCGAGUAAGCGCACCUUCGUAGACGCUCAGCUAGCGCUAUACGAGCGGGAGUGCGCCGGUUAUUUCUGGUGGACGUACAAGAAGCAGUGGCCCGGAGAUGAUAGCUGGUCGCUUCGCGACGCCGUCGAGAAGGGGACAUUCCCGGAACACGUUGGUUUGCGCCGUCCAGGCAAGAUGCUUCUGCCGCACGACGCCGAACGAGCUCGCAGAAUGGAGGAGGCGAAGCGUCAGGCGCUCUCGCAACACUCGGCGUACUGGUCGAAGUACCCCGGUCACUAUGAGCAUUGGCGCUUCGACGAGGGUUUCCGGCGGGGAUGGGAGGACGCGUACGCGUUCUUCAUGUUUACGCCCGGGGAGACGGGCUCGGUAUCUGAGGUCGGGUUUAAGGCUGCGUGGAAGCAACGUCGGACAGCUAUGCAUGCAGAAGCGAAGGGGCGGAGUAAUAAUCUCUGGGAAUAUGAACAUGCGCUGGGUCAGGGCUGCCAUGCGGCCCAUGCGGACUACCAAACUCACUAUGCCUGA